AUGUGGAUGGAGGUAGUAGAAGCUCUCGUGCCCCAUUACAAGUUGAAGUCACUGUCAAUCAGUGGAUAUGAGGGCUCAAGGCUUCCGCAUUGGAUGUCAUCGCCCGUCAACUUUAUAAAAGUGAUUUAUCUGAUUGGUUUGAGUGAGAUGUCAUCAUUGCCGGCUAUGGGGAAACUACCUAUGUUGGAAGAGCUCUCUGUUGGAUAUGUGAAGCGAUUGAUGUUUGUUGGACGGGAAUUUUUAGGAAUAGAAACUUCAUCUGAUAUUGUUGUUGAUGCAUUUCCUAAACUCAAGGAAUUGAGAUUUGAUAGUUGCGAUGUAUGGGAGGAGUGGGACGACAUAACGGAGGAAGAAGAAUCUGCGACCAUCUCCAUCAUGCCAUGUCUCACUGACUUGAUGAUCUAUUCGUGUGAGAGUUUAAAGAAGCUGCCGCAUCGCCUCCUUCGUAAGGUCUCCUCGUCUUUGCUGUUGUUGAAUAUCGGAGAUUCAUCAGAGCUGAUAAAAACAUACGGAGAGGACAAGGAAGGUUCAGCUUGGAGAUCCAUAUCCCAGCAUAAUCCCAAACUUCAACUUUACCAGUAG